CUCCUCCCCUCCCUCCCUCCUCUCAUCACAUCCUCCGGCAGCAUCCACCUCUCCUCCGGAUGCGACCGCAGCCGCCCGACCCCCGCCUGCUCGCGGCAUCAGCACCAGAAAGAAGAGGCAGCGAUAAAGGUGACGAGAGGAGAAGAAAAAGAAGAAAAUGGAAGUAAGCCAAAACCGAGCGACACCAACGAGCAGGAGAAUGGUGAAGACAUGAGCACGUGGAGCAGAUUCCCAUGGAGUCCUCUCUCAACGCCGUAGAGCUGCGGGAGCUGCGGGGCGGAGGAGGCCGGCGAGGCGGGUCUCCGACGCCGGUCUCAGGGCCGUGGAGAGCGGCCACAGUGGGCUGCGCCGCCCGGGGCUUCGAGAACGUCUCGUACCAGCAGGACGAGGAGCAGAACCACCGGCAGGGGGCGGAGGAGGAGUCGGCGAGCUGCCCGCCCUCGAGCUCAGCCAACCGCAAGCAGCACCAGGAGCUCUGCUCACAGUCGUACGAUGAAGAGGAAGACGGUGUCGGCGGCGGCGGCGGCCGGGGGCUGGAGGACGGACCGGACUUCACAGAGCUGAAUCCCGCCGACGACCACUCAGCCGACUACGGCUUCAUCUUCGCCCUGGUGUUCCUGGUGAGCGGGAUCGUCCUGGUGGUCAUCGCCUACACGAUCCCCCGGGAGGCCAAGGUGGACCCCGACUCGGUGUCCGCCCGCCAGAUGGAGAAGCUGGAGAUGUACUACGCCCAGCUGGGCUCCCACCUGGACAAGUGCAUCAUCGCGGGCCUGGGCCUGCUGACUCUGGGCGGGAUGUUCCUGUCCGUGCUGCUCAUGGUUUCCAUCUGCCGCGGCGAGAUGUACCGACGCCGGGCGGCGUUCGUCCGACCCAAGAGGACUUACGGCUCCAUCAACCUGAGGAUGAAGCAGCUGGCGACCGGAGAGGCGGAGGAGGGCGGCGACGGAGGAGGAGGAGGCGAGGAGUUUCUGGGUGGACGCGAAGAGACGCGGGACUCCAGACCAGAACCAGGAGCGAGCGGGCCUCCUCCGAGCGCCGCUCCUUCCUCUUCGGCCGCUGCACAUAACGCCUAACUGCUCCUAUGGUUUGGCCUUCCUCCGGUCAGAGCGCUCGGUUGCAAAAGUGGGGGAAGCAAAAUGGUGCAGACGCCCCCAUGUGAAGCACAUGUCGAGCACGAGGCGCCCGACCGCAGCGGUUCACGGGUGAUUGAUUCUGACCGAUCGCAACGGAUGUAUGACUUCACGGACGAGGGGCUCGAAGGAGGCGAGAGGUAAGGCCGCGGCAGUGCGGAUGAGAGCACGGUUGUAUAUCAGAGAUUCGAGAGCUAAGAUAUGAAUCAGAGACUUUACAGUACGAAGCGCAUGGUGUCCAACAGAACCUGGAGCAAUCAAAGAUCAACACGCAACGGAGAAGUGCGGCGAUCGCCACUGAAUCGCCGCAUGAGCAGCAGAUGUUCGACGUGGAAAUGUAGAUACAUUAUAAUUCCUGAUCAUGAGAUUUCACCUUUAACACAGAUUUGUUGAACAUCUGACUCGUCGUGUUGCUGUGAGAUAUAAAUCAACCGAUGUGGCGGAAGCAGCUUCGCCCGCGCCGAAUGAACCGAGGCAGCGUGUUUGGACGAUAAGGCGUCGAUCAGCUGUGACAUUUACACUCAUAAAACACAUAAAAUCAUAAUAUAUCAUAAUAAUGGGAACAAAAAAAGUUUUUUUAAAUCUUAAGGUUUCGACCGGACUGAACCUUUAAUGACACAGCGCCUACGUAUUCAUAUUCUAUUGAAAACAGAUGUUAUUUAUGUCAUGUGAGGAUACGAUGAGCCUUAACGAGCAAACAACACUGUAAAUUGUGAAUACACACGAAUAUUGUGACGCUAAUGUAUUGAGGUCUGUGUAUUGAGCCAAUUGGCCGAGGGUUACGUAGCCUCCACCAAGUGGUUUUGGGGGCUCAGUGCUUGGCUUGACCUAUAUCGAGCUGUUUAUUUAAAGAAAUAUGUACCACAUUUUUACUUCACAUGACAAAUAUACUGUAAAUACAUAAACAUGUAGACGUGUCGGAUGUAGAAGACCAGCAGACGCUAACGCUCAGAAACCAAAAUACGCAAAGCAGGUAUACGCAACAUUUGGGAAACCUCAUCACGGAUUAUGGACAACAACAAAACAACAGAUUAAACAAAAACAACAGAACUCAACAUGUGCCGUUCAACAAUAUUUAAUAUUCAGAGUAAUUUAAUAACAAACCACCAAAGUAGAAUUUAAUCGUUAGUAGAUGUUAGACCUGCAAUUUAUUAAUCAACUAAUUAUAAAGUGACACAAUUAAAAUUGUUUCUUUUGUCCCAAAAAUGACGACGGAAGAGAGAUUUAGUUUAAUAAUUAGUUAAAUAAAGUUAAAUAAAAAGGAAAACCAGCAAAUUGCCCCAAUUUUAUUAACUUUUUUCCAGAUUUGAUGAUGAUAAAGUAAUUAUGAAAACAGUGGCAGAUUAAUUGUCUCCCAAUCAACUAAUUUAUUAUUUUAUUGUCGAUUUAUUUAUUGUUUAUUGGGUUUAUAACCACUCGUUUCGUAUCAAAAUGUAAUAUUCAUGGUCAAAUUAGGCACCAAAUUAUAAAUUCUCCAACACCUAUUUGUUGCAGCUCUACUAGAUUACAACCCAUUUUUUAUUUGUCAUAAUUGAUUAUUAAGAAAAAGGCUUCAACAAAAUAUAUUGCAGAAAAUUAAGAAACGAUUUAGUUGCACCGCCGCAGUCUGUCUCUGCUGAUGUGUCCUUGAGUCAGGAAAGUUGAGGCCCCGUUCAAAGUUUUUUACGUUUGGCGUCUUCAUCGACUUAAAACCAACGCCGACCAGAAUCCAUUCACCAAGAGGUCGCGACGUGAUCGGUUGUACGACACUCACGUCGUCGUUUUUUCCCUUUUGUCCUCUGACAGUGGCAGAUAUUAACGUGUGGCGGAGAAGAGAGAGAAGAGCGGUAGAUGUAGUGACCUUUUGUUGAAGGCCUGUCGUUCUGAUAGGUUCGAAAGAAGUCGUCGUUUGAUGUUAAAUGUAGUGCACGACAACGAGCCGCUACGCUUACCUCAACCCCAACCGUUACCAAAUCAAACGCAGCAUUUAAAAGCUUAAAAAGUGUCAAAUCAAAGAAAAGGUGAGAUGUUCCGUCGUCGCCCGCCGUCUUUUGAAUUCCAGGAGACGUGACAACUCAUCUGGUGGUUGGUACCGUGUUCUCGGCCCGCGUCGUUUGUCGCGGUGCCUUCAGGCGCGUCCCCAGAUCGGUGGCCGCGGCGGCUCUCGUCGGCUUCGCCCGGGUCGAGUCGUCCUUGAGCUACGGGUUGUUUGGUGGAGGAACCGACGCCACUGCGCAGACUCCAAAUGGCGUCAAAAUCUUGCGAUGGCGGGCGGCGCCGGUUGUGGAGUUGUGGAAGACGACAGCCUCUAAUCUGCGCUCCAGCUGUUCCAUCUUUACCGCCUCCUGUCGAAAGAUCUUUGUUGUCCGAUGCCGAUCCCGUCGCACUCGCAUCUAUUUCCAUCAUCCGACUGGAGGUCAACCGCUCAGCUUGCGGAUGUGUAAAGACAGGGAGACGGAGGGAGGUGGUUGGGAGGAAGAGGAAGGAACUAACUAACUCCCACGCAAGGUUCAACAACCAGAAGAUCAGAACGCACGAAGACAUGAGGAGGGAAAAGAGCAAAACCACGUUUCAGCCUCCUCUUGUGACGCGGUCGAGUGUCGAGACGCGAGAAAAUCAAUCUUUGUUCUGUCGGGCGGCGCGACGACUCCGUUCCCAUAGAAAUAGUCUAUUUAUAUCGGGGGUUGUUGCGUGGGGCAGAUCUCGGAUGUCAUGGAGAGUCCUUGCGCGGACGCGGCAGAGGACGGUCGGCGGCGUUGGCCUCGUGUGUGUGGGAAUAACUCAUCUUUAGGGUGGACGUUUAAAGUGACGAGGAGGAUAUCUGGUGGGAGACUAAGAACUCGAGAGAUUAAUAACUUGACCUGAGAGAUUAAAAACGACCAUAAAAUGUAGAAAAAGCAUCGACAAGGGAUUCUGGUAACCUGGUGACGUACCAACAUUUGUACAACUCACCAACGGCCUUUGAUUUAAAGGUUUCCACGCGAUCGCCAUCGCUCACGUACUCGUCUGCGUAGUUUGUCCACUGGCGAAACGGUUCCCGACCUUUUGCUUUUAGCUCGUCAUCCUUCAUAGUACAGCGCAGUGUUUUACUUAGCAUCCCUCGUCACAGGUAACAGAUAUUCAUGAGCUGCAGGUCGUUUAUUUGACGUGUAGACAGAAAGAAAGACAAUACCCAGAAUGUCAUGGUAAAAUUAAAAGAGCUAUUGAGAAAACUAAUAUAUUUUUCCGGAACGAAAAGGUGCCAAUUCCACAGAAUCAGUAUGAAAAAGAUCACAUUUUAUCGGAUUUUUUUUUUUUUGUGAACUGAAGCCUGUCUUCUGUGUACCGACCAGCAGGGGGCGACCCUAUGAGAACGUGACUCCACUUCUCACUUGAUUCAUAACGUCAGUAAGACAUUUUACAGAGGAGUUUAUGGUUCAAUCCCUCGUUUCAAGUCUUAUCAACUCGUGAUGUUCAGUUUGUACAUUACGGUCGAAUGCACGUCGCGGUGGGUGGACGCUAGAUUUCGACUGUACGAAAAAACGAUCUAGGAAAACUAUCGAUGCCAUAAUUGACAUAUAAUUUAAAAUCAAGUUGUGGGCUUCAACCGUAACACGUCACUCUGUAACCGCGACGUCUGAUAAGCGAAGCUGACGGAGGGAGAGUCGGUUGUUCUCGGACACGUGGACGCUCAGGCGUGGAGGACGUCGACCACCGAGCGUCUGCACAAACGCAGGCCGGCGCCUGAACGCGUAGUUGAACGCACAUCGGCACAAGACAGAUAACUUCUUAUGGUCUCUCCCCCUGGCGCCACACUGAGGGGUCAAAGGACACAGUCAAGGUCACCUCAGCAGAGAGCAGGGCGUCGACCCUGAGCUCCAACUCAUUAAUCACAUCCACGUCCUGCUGCUUCAGGACAAAACGAAUCCAGCGAAGGUCGAGCAGAGCAGCGACAGCAAAACCACCCUGAGCGACGGUGCUUCCUCUUCCCAGGCCGCAGCUCCGACGCUUUACGUACAGAUGGAAUAUGCACAAAAAAGAAAAACACACAUCCGUCGCAUUUUAACUCCGAGACUCGAUGAAUGUACAAAUCAACGCCGCGACAUCCCGACGCCUGGUCGUCGUCGUCCGCGCGCUUCACACACGCUGCUUUGAGCGGUCGCGUGAUUCCACGACUGUGAUACACGUGAUUCCAACACUAUUGUACAAAACAUUCCUGUUCUUUAUUUUAACGGUAUGUCUCGAAACGUGCACAGUUGGUAGAUGUAUAUUUAACGAGGUAAAGCGAUAUUUCACACUGGCGGAAUUUUGAAUGAGCUUUUAACUGGCAGCGGCAGCGGGGGCGUUUUCAAUUUCCUGAACUUGUUUUAUUCUACAUUUUUAAAUUGACAAAACACAAAUAACAUAUAUAUAAAUAUAUAUAAAAAUAU